UGAAAUUUUUCUGAAGUACGUUAGCACGUUGUGUAAACAGUUGAAGGAUGAUACAUUUGCAUUCAUGUUGCCAUCCAGAUUAGCCAUGCCACAUAAAUGUCACCAGCAACGACAAGAUGAAGCAAUAGACUAUUUGUCAGAUUUUUUGGUUGCCAAUAGAAAUAAGCGUUAUAUUUUGGCACCGUACAUCCAAGAGGACCACUGGAUGUUGCUCCUUUUUUGUCUCCAUGAAAGUGCUAUCUACGUGUUUGAUCCAUUGAAAAAAGAUAGGACAACACGGUUAAAAACACCUGCAAGAAUGGCAUUUAAAUUAUACGUAUCUCAAGGUGGACAGAGGAAUAACAAAAAAGAAUUUCUUUGGCAUCACACCGAGGUUAAGUGUCCGCAACAAGGAGAUAUGGAUUCUGGUUUUUUUGUUAUGAGAUACAUGUAUGAUAUAGUCAUGCUUUCUCAGAAACAACCCGACAUGAACUGGAAAGUGGGUCUUGGUUCAAGAAACUAUACAAGAAAGGAAAUCAAUGAGGUUCGAGAAUUGUGGGCAAAAUUUUUCUCUUUAGAAUGUCUGUAAUAAGGUAAUCUUGUCAUCGGCCUUGUCGUUUGAAGUCCUUACAGUUCAAGCAUUUAAGUUCUUGCCUGCUGCAGUACUGUGAUAUACAAUCACUGGUCCUUGAAGAUCUUGAACUUCUUGCUAGAGAUAGGGUGUUUGGAUUCAUUUGUAACAAUCUGAUAUCAUGAAGUUUUUUUUGUGGCAUUUAAUGUGUAAUGUUUCUUUCAAGUGUA